AAGAGCAAGAUCCUGUCCCUUAAUAGAUAAAUAAUCAUUCAGGUUCACCACAUGCACUCCCCCAGCCCCUCCAGAGCAUAUUAAUAAAACAAUGGUUACAAUAUUUGAGAACGUGAAUAGUAAAUGCUGUGAGAAGGCACAAGCCCAGAGCUCUAGGUCUGUAGUUAAGGUUCUGCCCAAAUGAUGGUACCAUGUGCACAGGUGUAUAUAUACAUAGAUAAUUUUUUACUUUAUAAAGUGGUUUUGCAUUCAGACCUUGAUUUCUCUUAGACCUUCUUUCCUAAAAGACACGCCAGUGGGCUCAUGUGCUAUGCCUGGCUAGAAGGCAGCUCAUUUAACAACUGCUCAGUCAGGCAAGGGAAGUUCUGCUGCAGGUCCGGGAGGCCCCCAAGCCAAAACUAGCAGAAGGAGAUGGGGUCCAUUUUCAUGGGGCUGGUGGAGGUUGAGAUGGAGUCAGUCGUUUUCCCUGUCAUUUCCUUGGAGAAAGGGCAUUUCUACCAGGAGGCCAUCAGAUCUGGGAGGGCUGAAAUGAAUGGUCCAAGGAAAUUUAAAAGUUCCAGCGUCUCAUUUACAAGUGGGGAAAGUGAGGCCUGGGAAGCUGGUGAUCAUCCCCAACUCCUUCUCCUUCCCGUGAUGCAGGGACAGACACAUUCUCCUCGGGCUGUGAUGGAGUAAAACCCACAGCUGUCGCCAGUGUUUGGGCUGGGAAAUCACCACCAAGGAAAUGCAUCUGAAGUGCUGCAGGUAGCUCUAGGGUUCCAGUGGCCUGUGGGAAGGAUAGGCCCCAGCAGAUGCAUGAAACAGGAGGAUGCGUGUGAUCAGAAGUGGCAUGUGUGGGCAUGUCAUUCACAUGCAAUUUGCAUGAGUUCCUGUACUCCUGUGCUGUCUGUCCUCAGACAUCCGCGCUGGCCUUUUCUGUGCAACUAGCAGUUGAAAAGAGAGGGAAGAAGGAAGUGGAAUGCCCGGUGAUCAAAGGAAAAGAGAAAUCAAGUUCACCAACCCAGAUUCCCAGCGACUUUUGAUCCCGUGGGAUGCCAUGUUCCUCUGUCUACUUUAGCACAAACUAUGGCCACCCUCAGAACGGACUUUUCUUUAGCAUUCUUUUUUAUUCACCCCCAAAGCUUCUUGUCUUUAGCUUCAUGUCCCAACCCUCUUCCAGGAAGAUAGAAGAGCUAGGCAAAGAGACUUUUUAGGUGGGCGGGGGGUGGUUGUGGGACAGGGGCAUUGUGCGGCCAGAGACAUGAGAAACCAUCCUACUGAGAUUGGCUACCCCACCUCACACAGAGUAACCCAGGUUAGGUAAGACGGCACAUGUACAUUGAACCAGAGACUUCAGGCCAUCCCCCAACCCCAGGUGGCUUCUGGCCUGAGGUGGGGUCCAUUCGCGUGAGGAACGCACAGCAGAGGACAUGGGCUGCGUGCUCAGAGGAGAAGCUGACUGUCCCUGGAGUGUAUCCUCUGAGUCCGUGUGUGAGUCCUGCUGCAGAAGGAGCCGCUGCUUCUCACGUGUGCCUUGUGCCUCAGCCGUAGCAGGCCAUGGUCCUUCUGAGUGUGGACUUUCCUUCUGCUGUGAGAGGGAGGCCUGGUGGCUCUGAAACCUGUCCUGAGCCCCUCCUCUCAGGGGCCAAGGCCCCCCAGGCCUGAAGCUGUGGUGACACUCUGGACCAGCAUGUGGGACCUGGCAUUGUGACCUCAGCUGUUCUGUACACAAAGAGGUGGUCACCUUGCCCAUACCUGGACCUGUAAGUUGCAUAGGACAGUGGCCUGGUCCUGGGGGCUGUUGUGGGGAGUUGAAGAACACCCUGGCCUCCUCCAUCAUGUCGGCCAAGAGGGCAGAAUUGAAGAAAACAAAUCUGGUAAAAGAGGGACAUUGCUGGACGAGCAAGAACUACAAGGCAGUUUGCCUGGAAUUGAAGCCAGAGCCGACCAAAAUGUUGGAUUACAAAGCAGUCAAACAAGAAGGGCCAUUUACCAAAGCAGGAGUGACGCAGGACCUAAAGAAUGAACUCAGGGAAGUGAGAGAAGAGCUCAAGGAGAAAAUGGAGGAGAUAAAACAGAUAAAGGACAUACUGAACAAAGAUUUUGAUAAACUUCAUGAAUUCGUGGAAAUUAUGAAGGAAAUGCAGAAAGAUAUGGAUGAGAAGAUGGACAUUUUAAUAAAUACACAGAAGAACACUAAGCUAAGAGGGCCAAAAGAGCAGCAGGAACUGAGGCUGAUGGCAAAGACUCACAGAGACCCACAGCUCAGGCUCCAGAAAGUGGACGGAGCCGGUGGAGCCAAUGGAGCACCCUUUGCCCUUCACAAGAAGACGGUGGCACCUCAGAAAGCAAAACCGGGCUCCCUGGAUCCCCUGCAUCAGUGUGGGACCUGCUGCGAGACAUGUUUGUUGUGUGUCCUAAAGAACAACUACAAUCAGGGGGAACAUUCCUUCAGAGGCCUCAGGUUUUUACAAAGGUGGAGACGAGCCAGUGACCACCCAACCUCCUGUGGGCCAUGCUGUGCCUGCCCCAAAGUCCCAGACUGAGGGAAGGUGAAGCUUGACUGUCAGCUUGAACGACAGUUAAGAAGAUAACAGAGCAGCGUUCCACAAACUGUCCUGCCCUGGGUGUGAUUCUUUGGCUUCAAUUUGAAGGAGGAGUAAUUCAUACAAGUUCAUAUUUUAUUUCACACCAGUUCCUUCUUAUUUCAUCUCUUUGCUAAGCUGGCUGCUUCUACAGUCUAAUAAAUAAUUGGCCAAGUUCU